AAUGACUAGCUCCUUUCAGACCUCCUGGGUAUCCGGCUCCUACGACUAAAGUUCUUUCCAUUGCAUCUUGGGAGAUGGGGGCGUCAGCCCCGGCGCCUGGCGGGACUUGUAGUCCUUUCCCUCCCCCGCCUUCCCAACUCCCCCACCUCCGAGGCCGCCGUCGCUUCAUCUUUCCCAGCAAGCCCCGCGAGAGUGCCGGCAAUCGAUUGGCUGUAGCGGGAGAAGGCGGCUCGGCCGGCAGCGGUUGCCCAGGGUUUCCGGUGCGAGGCCGGAGCGGGCGAAGCUGUCGGAACGUCGGCAGUGAGGUUCGUGUAGCGGUCUGGGGGAACGAGGCGACCAGAGGGUCUGUGGGCCUGAACGCUCUCGGCCAGUGGUGGGACUCACGCCCAUUCCGCGCGAGGACUCAGGCCAGGCGGGGAUCCGCGCCCAGCCUAACACCGCAGACCACAAUGAAGAACCAAGACAAAAAGAAUGGGGCUGCCAAGCAGUCGGGCAACACUUCCAAUGCAAAAAGCAACCCGGGGCAAGCGGAAGCAGGACCAGAGGGAGCCCAGGGGCGGCCCAGCCAGUCGGCUCCUGCGACAGAAACCGAAGGUUCUUCCAGCCAGGCUCCGGGGAAGACUGAGGGAGCACAAGCCAAAACUGCUCAGUCUGGGGCCCUCCGAGAUGUCUCUGAGGAGCUGAGCCGCCAGCUGGAAGACAUCCUGAGUACAUAUUGUGUAGACAACAAUCAGGGGGGCCCAGGUGAGGAUGGGGCACAAGGUGAGCCUGCUGAACCCGAAGAUGCAGACAAGUCCCGGACCUAUGCCUCGAGGAAUGGGGAGCCUGAGCCAGAGACCCCAGUAGUCAAUGGUGAGAAGGAGACCUCUAAAGGGGAGCCGGGCACAGAUGAGAUCCGAGCAAGUGACGAGGUCGGAGACCGAGAUCACCGAAGGCCACAGGAGAAGAAGAAAGCCAAGGGUCUGGGGAAGGAGAUCACGUUGCUGAUGCAGACACUGAACACGCUGAGCACCCCAGAGGAGAAGCUGGCAGCUCUGUGCAAGAAGUAUGCUGAACUGCUGGAGGAGCAUCGGAACUCCCAGAAGCAGAUGAAGCUGCUACAGAAGAAGCAGAGCCAGCUGGUGCAGGAGAAGGACCACCUGCGUGGGGAGCACAGCAAGGCCGUGCUGGCCCGCAGCAAGCUGGAGAGCCUGUGCCGCGAGCUGCAGCGCCACAACCGCUCCCUCAAGGAAGAAGGUGUGCAGCGGGCCCGGGAAGAAGAGGAGAAACGCAAGGAGGUGACCUCACACUUCCAGGUGACACUCAAUGACAUCCAGCUGCAGAUGGAGCAGCACAAUGAGCGCAAUUCCAAGCUCCGCCAGGAGAACAUGGAGCUGGCCGAGAGGCUCAAGAAGCUGAUCGAGCAGUAUGAACUGCGGGAGGAGCACAUCGACAAAGUCUUCAAACACAAGGACCUGCAGCAGCAGCUGGUGGACGCCAAGCUCCAGCAGGCCCAGGAGAUGCUGAAGGAGGCCGAGGAGAGGCACCAGCGGGAGAAGGAUUUUCUCCUCAAAGAGGCGGUGGAAUCCCAGAGGAUGUGUGAGCUGAUGAAGCAGCAGGAGACCCACCUGAAGCAGCAGCUUGCCCUGUACACGGAGAAGUUUGAAGAGUUCCAGAAUACUCUUUCCAAAAGCAGUGAGGUGUUCACCACAUUCAAGCAGGAGAUGGAAAAGAUGACUAAGAAGAUCAAGAAGCUGGAGAAAGAAACCACCAUGUAUCGGUCCCGGUGGGAGAGCAGCAACAAGGCCCUGCUUGAGAUGGCCGAGGAGAAAACACUCCGGGACAAGGAGCUGGAGGGCCUGCAGGUAAAAAUCCAGAGGCUGGAGAAGCUGUGCCGGGCGCUGCAGACAGAACGCAAUGACCUGAACAAAAGGGUACAGGACCUGAGUGCUGGUGGCCAGGGCUCCCUCACUGAUGGUGGCCCUGAGCAAAGGCCAGAGGCUCCAGCUGCCUCCAAGGAGCACGGUGGUGAAGGGCCUGGGGCUCAGUCACCUAGCUCCCCAAGGGCCACAGAAGCUCCUUGCUGCCCUGGAGCACCAAGCACAGAAACACUCGGCCAAGCAGGGCGCCAGGAGCCCACCUCCACCACCGCCUAGGGAGCCUGGCACGGGGGGCAUGCUGGGAAGGGAGCAAGCCGCCCAGCCAGGCCUGGCCCAUGCAAGGCUCCCGCCGCCAAGCAGUCCAGUGCUGAGGCCCAGGGUGCUCUGACCUGGCUGGCAUCUGACACUUCGCAGUUUUGGAUUUUGUGGGUCAGUUUUACAUACAUACGGCAUAUGUGCAAGGCCUCCUACAUUUCUAUCUGUAAGUGUAAAGUGGGCUUGCACUGGAGGUGGGGGUGUGUACAGGUGAAGUCACUGGCUCUUCUAGGAGCUCGAGAGUCUUAAAAAAGAGCUGUCACCUGUAGCUGCUGUCACAGUGAGCUGGCAGGACAAGUGACUUGAGCAUUCCCCUGCCUGAUUUGAGGCUUAGACCCCUCCCUAGACCUGCCCUUCAGGGCUCGUGACAAGUGACACACUCAGGCCUUGACCGUGUUUCCCUUGUUAGCCGGGCUUGGGCAGUCCUGGCUCUCCUAGCUCCCCUGGAAGUUCCUUUGCUUCUCAACCUGGAGAAGGGGUCCCCGGGCAGAGCCCUGGCAGGGCCCGCACAGCCAGGGAUCCAGCUGCUGUCCUGCCUCGGACGGGGGACCAGGGGAAAGUUGCUGUGGGCUGGUACACUGUUAGGGAGCCCCCGGGCACCGCUUCCCCUGCCCUCAGGUGGUGCCAGGACCAGGCCAGUGAUGCUUCUCAGUAGCCUUAUCAUUCACAGGUGCCUCUCUAGCCUGCACAAAUGAUUGACAAGAGAUCACCCAAAGGAUGCUUUCUGAAGGUUUUUGUUUUUUGUUUUUUUGUUUUGCACAUGACAGUGUGUGUGUUGAUCUGAGGGAGGAGGAGGGGUCCUGGAGCAGUUGGGUCUCCAGUGCCACCACCCUCACCAUCCGACCUGGUACCUUUGCCAUGUUGGUGCUGAGGUUUCCUGUUUGGUGAAACCAGAUUGUUUGUGGUAGGAGAAAGGAAAGGGCAUCUAAUGGUUUUGCCACAAGCUUGCCUUUGUGUUUCAAUCCUGGGAGGCCACAGCUGAUUCCCAUCACUACUGUCUCCAUGUGGAAGUUGCUGGGCCCCGUGCCCAACUGUCCCUUUGGCUUUUAUGAAUCUGUUUCUGCUUCUGACCCCAUCCCUAAUGUGCAAUCCUUGAGAUUUGCCCUGGUUCCAUUGCCCAAGGAAUAAGAGCUGAAGUAUGUCCCCCUUGACAUUCCACCUCCCAGCUCUUGUCUGAUAGCUAAGGGAUAGAGUGAGACUUGACAGCUGAGCCUCAGAAAUCCACAGGUGGCUGCAAAUAUUUGUGUCUGGUCCCUGCCCCCCAAACUUGCUACUCUAGACUGAAAGUUCUGCUGGUUGCACACUUGCCAGGGCACUAGCCGGUCUGUGCAGAGCAAUUUUCUGGAACAACAGAACGAGUCUCAGACCCAGAGGCUGGGCUCUGCUGGGCUUGAGGUUCUAGAUCCCACCUCUAGCCAGGCUUUGGCUUCGGUGCAGCUGAGGGAGGCACAGGGUCAUAGAGCUUUUUUUGCUGGAUUUCCUUAAAGCUGGUUCAUUAUCCUUCAGGCCCCUUCAUCUUGCACGACCAGCUCACUCUCCACACCUUUUACUUCAGUCCAUCACAUAAAUAGGUUCAUGAAGAGUGUUAAGUACUCCUGAAUCAUGUUAUGACCUCGAACAGAGAUGGCAAAUGAAUGGCACACCAUUGUCCCUCUGCCCCCCAUGGCAGAUACCACUAAUUGGCCUAGAGUGUUUUCCACUAACCUCUGGAAUAUCCUCAUUAACCAAGAUUCCCCCAGCAGCCAGUAGAAGUGUUGAGACUUACUUGCCAUCCCUGGCUGAGCUUCUUCCCUCCUGUGGAGAAAUGUUCCUGAGAUCUUUCCCUCUGAAAUUCCUGUGUCUGGAAUGGUCCCUGGAUAUGCCUUUUCCUGCCCCAAUAAGGCCUUCUUCCAAUAAUGCCUGUGUCAGGCUGAGACACACAAGAACUGUCAACCCCAUACAGGGUUUGCUGGGUUCUGGAAGCACAGGGAAGAGGCAGAAGCUUCUGCCCGCCUGCUUUAAAUAGCAGGAGGCCUGCAGUAGCCCAUGUGAUUGCCUCCCUUGCUUCAGCUACCUCGUAGAGCCUAUGGGG